CGGCUUCUUUUUCCCUGUUGGUGCGAGACAGGAAGCGAAGUAAAUACAGAUUCCAUCAAUCAAAAUGACGAUGAGACCGGACGGUGUGUUGGACCGAAAUGGAGUUUCGUAGUUGGAGGAUGGGAGCGUAUCGGUGGUGGAGGGGACCAAUGGCGACGAGACACUCUCGAUCGCCGCUUGAACGAGCAAAGCGGGGGACAAGGAGAGCGCUGCCUGCCACCGUGGAGUAAUUUUUUUACCCUUUUUAAUUUCCCCCCAAUGCUGAUUUCACUACGCCUGGUUCACCCAUCUGGCUGAACUUACUCACCUCGGGCGGGCCUACUUCCUCGUGUCUUGGGCUUUUUUCUUCAAUCCAUCUAUCCCUUUCCUUCUCUUUCACGCAUAGCCCCCAAACCCUCCUCCCUCAAAACCUUCUUCCCCUCUUCCGCUUCCCGUCCUCCUUACGCAGUAACUCACUCACUCAGUACUCCACUGCGUCUAAACAGAGCGCCGAAUAGCCUGACACUACUGCCUCCUCCCUCUUUGAUAGCGCAGCGCAGUUUGGAGGAGGACGACGACGAUUGCGUGCGCUUUGUUGUAUUUUCUCAAAGGAGAUUGAGCAGAUGGCGUACAUGUGCGCCGACAGCGGAAAUCUAAUGGCGAUCGCGCAGCAGGUGAUUCAGCAGCAGCAGCAGCAACAACAGCAACAGCAGCGCCAACAGCAGGAGCAGCAACAGCAACAGCUGGGCGUCUCCGUCAACCCCUUCUCCACCAACCACCCGCCCUGGGCUUCGCAUCACAUCCACCACCAACACUUGUCGGAUCACUUGCCCUUCGUCGUCCCUGAAUCUGGAGCCGUGUUUGCUGAUCCAUUUGUCGCCGAACCCAUCCCUGGAUUCUCUCCUCACGGUGGCGGCCGCCAUCUCGACCAUGGCCCCUUCCGCCUCUCCGACUUCGGAUCAACCGUCGCGGCAGAGUUCGACACAGAUGAGUGGAUGGAAAGCCUCAUCGGUGAGGCCCCCGCAGAGAACUCCGUGCUGAUUAGCGACACUUGGCCUGGCGCCGCCGACGGAGCAGAAGCCCUCUUCGGGGAGGGGUUUCCCUCUUGCUCCGCUGAGAUCAGCCUCCCUUCGUCACCGGGCGACCUCAACCGCGUCUUCUUCCCUGAAAACUCCAAGAUCGCUCCCCUUCCUUCGGUCCAGCAACACCACCAGGCCGCUCGUGUCUCUACCCUGCUUUCGUCGGCGGCUGAAGCGCCGUCCUCCGAUCCCCCAGAACCAAGCAAGGUAUCUGGAACCGCCGCCGCUGCCCCCUUGCGAGAUCAGCCUCCGGAGAGCAGCGCUUCCUCGCCGCCGCUCUUGACAUGCCUACUCGAGUGCGCGCGGCUCGCCGAUUCUGACCCUGAUCUUGCUGCUAAGUCUUUGAUCCGUAUCAGAGAAUCUGCCUCCGAGUUUGGUGAUCCGACGGAACGCGUCGCGUUUUACUUUGCGGAAGCCCUCUAUGGGCGGCUCCUUGGAGCUCAUUCACAUCCUAUUCCCAUCUUCGACACUACGCCAGAGGAGUUCACUCUCUGUUACAAGGUCCUCAACGAUGCGUGCCCUUACUCCAAAUUUGCACACCUUACUGCAAAUCAGGCGAUUCUAGAAGCGACUGAGUCCGCGCCGCGGAUUCACAUCGUGGACUUCGGUAUAGUUCAGGGCGUACAGUGGGCAGCACUACUCCAGGCCCUCGCCACCCGACCCUCCGGAAAGCCAUCAAAGGUCCGUAUCUCCGGCAUACCCUCGCCGGCGCUUGGCGCAGCGCCCGCAGAGUCGCUCGUCGCUACCGGGAACCGCCUCCGUGACUUUGCGGCGCUACUUGAUCUGGAUUUCGAGUUCGAUCCCAUUCUCACCCCGAUCUCGGAGCUCGCAUCGACCACCUUCCGGGUGGACCCGGACGAGUCGCUGGCAGUCAACUUCAUGCUCCAGCUCUACCACCUGAUCGGCGAAUCGCCCGAGCCAGUCGAGCGCGUUCUCCGGGUUGCCAAAUCGCUCGCCCCCAGCGUCAUGACGCUGGGCGAGUACGAGGCGAGUCUGAAUCAAUCCGGCUUCGCGGAGCGCUUCGCCACCGCGCUGGCCUACUAUGCGGCGAUGUUCGACUCGCUCGACCCGCCGAUGGGGCGCGACUCGGCCGAGCGAGCCCGGGUGGAGCGGCUCCUCUUCGGUCGUCGGAUCCUGGGGGCCGUGGGGCCCGGCGAGGGGAAGAACCGACGGGUGCGAAUGUGGGGGAAGGAUGAAUGGACAGCCGUGAUGGAGCGGUGCGGCUUCGAGCCCGUGGCGCUGAGCAACUACGCUGUGAGCCAAGCGAAGCUUCUCCUCUGGAACUACAACUACAGCUCCAAGUACACCCUAUUGGAUUGCAACCCGCCCUUCCUUUCCCUGGUGUGGGGUGACCGUCCUCUCCUCACGGUUUCCUCAUGGCGUUAGGUGAUGAAAUUAAUUGCUUCCACCUUGAUAAUUAAAUGAUAAUUAGGAUUUUUUUUCCUUUUUCGAUGAAUGUGUUAUUGCUUGUUGGUUUGUUUGCCAUAUAAGAGCAGGCUGGGAAUAGCACAGAUCUUGGUAGUCAUUUUGGUUGUGGUUUUGGUUAGUGCUUAAUGUGAAAUGUAGUAGUAGUAGAAGUAGUAGUGCUAAGUAUAAAAGAUAAAGUUAGAAAUUGUCA